AUGGCUGGGCGACCGCCUGGAGGAGGUUCCUCGAAUAAUAACGACAACCUCCUGCUCGACCUCGACAAUGACCAACCCGUCUACAACGGUGGUCAGCGCUCCACCCUCAAUGAUGACGACCUUAUGCGAUUUCACGAACAGAACCAAGAUCCCCAAGGACGGACCUCGGUGUCCUACGAUGACUUUGUCGGCGCUCGAGAUGCGGACCGGCAUGCAGCUUCAAGGCCUGCUGGCGGUUUGGAUGUGCCCGGGGCGGGCUCUGGCAACAGCCCGUACUUGACGCGGCAAUACAGCCAGACGUCGGAGCUGGGUAACUACCAGCGCUACGCUGAUGAUUUUGACGAUUAUCCUGCCGAAGGAGAUUCAUACUACCACCAGGGCAGCGCAAGAGCUGACGAGAGCACACCGGGCCUGGGCAGGAACACGGCGCGGAAUAGGAACAGCGUCUUGAGCUUAGGCGGAGGCUUCUUUGGGAGGGUCAAGAACAAGCUGGGUAUGGGCCAAGGAUACUCGGAGAUGGAUCUGCCUUUGACAGAACCGGGCCAUGAGCGAGGUGAUUCUGUUGGUGGGAGCUCCCAGCAGCAUCAAGCUCAGAAGAAGGGCUUCGACAUGGGCAACUUCAAGUUUGGCUUUGGGCGAUCCAAGCCCGACCCCUCGACUCUGGGUCCCCGACUCAUCUACCUCAACAACCCGCCCGCCAACGUUGCCAACAAGUACGUCGACAACCACAUCUCGACGGCAAAGUACAACGUCGCGACCUUCCUCCCCAAGUUCCUGUUUGAACAAUUCUCAAAAUUCGCAAACAUCUUCUUCUUGUUCACAGCCGCACUUCAGCAGAUUCCCAAUCUGUCGCCCACAAACCCGUACACAACCAUUGCGCCCCUCAUCGUGGUGCUCAUCAUCUCUGCCGGAAAGGAAUUGGUGGAGGAUUACCGGAGAAAACAAGCCGACAAUGCCCUCAACACGUCCAAGGCGCAGGUUCUCCGUGGCUCGACCUUCCAGGAGACGAAAUGGAUCAAUGUUGCUGUUGGAGAUAUUAUCAGAGUGGAAUCGGAGGAGCCUUUCCCGGCUGAUCUGGUUCUUCUCGCCAGUUCAGAACCCGAAGGACUCUGUUACAUCGAGACGGCCAACCUCGACGGUGAGACUAAUCUCAAGAUCAAGCAGGCCCUUCCAGAGACCUCGACCAUGGUUUCGCCGAGCGAGCUCAGUAGGCUGGGCGGCAGAAUCAAGUCGGAGCAGCCCAACAGCAGUCUGUACACGUACGAGGCUACCUUGACGAUGCAGGCUGGCGGCGGAGAGAAGGAGUUUGCUCUUAACCCGGAACAACUACUUCUGAGAGGCGCUACACUGCGAAACACACCCUGGGUUCACGGUGUCGUUGUCUUUACCGGUCAUGAGACGAAGCUUAUGCGAAACGCCACGGCCGCUCCUAUCAAGCGCACAAAGGUUGAGAGGAAGCUCAACUGGCUGGUCCUGUUGCUGGUUGGUAUUCUGCUGGUGCUGAGUAUCGUGAGUACCGUGGGAGACUUGGUUCAGCGAAAGGUGGAUGGCGAUGCGCUCUCAUAUCUCUAUCUGGACUCAACAAGCACCGCUGCAGAUGUCGUCAAGACGUUCUUCAAGGACAUGGUCACAUACUGGGUCCUGUUCUCGGCUCUGGUUCCCAUCUCGCUCUUCGUUACUGUGGAGCUGGUCAAGUACUGGCACGGAAUUCUCAUCAACGACGAUCUGGACAUGUACUACGACAAGACGGACACACCUGCGACCUGUCGAACCUCAAGUUUAGUGGAAGAGCUUGGAAUGGUUGAAUAUGUCUUUUCGGACAAGACGGGAACCCUUACUUGCAACCAGAUGGAGUUUAAGCAGUGCUCAAUCGCCGGUAUUCAAUACGCCGACGACGUGCCCGAGGAUCGCCGCCCAACCACGAUAGACGGUGUCGAAGUUGGACUUUUCGACUACAAGGCUCUCAAGUCCAAUCUCAAGGACGGACACGAGUCGGCGCCUGCCAUUGAUCACUUCUUGUCUCUGCUCGCAACCUGCCAUACCGUCAUUCCUGAGAUGGACGAGAAGGGCAAGAUCAAAUACCAGGCUGCUUCUCCGGAUGAAGGUGCUCUUGUUGCUGGUGCUGUGGAGCUUGGCUACAAGUUCACUGCUCGAAAGCCCAAGUCUGUUCUGAUUGAGGCUAAUGGUCAGGAAUCCGAGUAUGAACUUCUUGCUGUUUGCGAAUUCAACUCUACUCGAAAGCGAAUGUCGACCAUCUAUCGAUGUCCCGAUGGCAAGAUCCGAUGCUACUGCAAGGGUGCUGACACGGUUAUUCUGGAACGUCUCAACGAUCAAAAUCCCCAUGUCGAGGUGACUCUCCGACAUCUCGAGGAGUAUGCAUCGGAAGGUCUGCGAACUCUGUGCUUGGCUAUGCGAGAGGUGCCGGAACAGGAGUUCCAGGAGUGGAUCAAGAUUUAUGACACGGCUCAGAUGACGGUUGGAGGAAACCGUGCUGAUGAGGUGGACAAGGCUUCUGAGAUUAUCGAGAAGGACUUUUUCCUGCUUGGCGCAACCGCUAUCGAGGACCGACUCCAAGACGGUGUCCCUGAGACUAUUCAUACGCUUCAGCAGGCCAACAUCAAGGUCUGGGUUUUGACGGGAGAUCGACAAGAAACCGCCAUCAACAUCGGUAUGAGUUGCAAGCUUCUCAGCGAGGACAUGAUGCUCCUGAUCGUGAACGAAGAGUCGGCAGCCGCCACGCGAGACAAUAUCCAAAAGAAGAUGGACGCCAUCCGGACACAAGGAGACGGCACAAUCGAGACGGAAACCCUGGCCCUGAUCAUUGAUGGAAAAUCUCUCACGUAUGCGCUUGAAAAGGACUUGGAGAAGCUCUUCUUGGAUCUUGCCGUCAUGUGCAAGGCCGUCAUUUGCUGCCGUGUGUCUCCCCUUCAGAAGGCGCUGGUUGUCAAGCUGGUCAAGAAGUAUCAGAAGGAGUCGAUUCUCCUCGCUAUCGGCGACGGAGCAAACGACGUCUCGAUGAUUCAGGCUGCCCAUAUUGGCAUUGGUAUCAGUGGUGAGGAAGGUCUCCAAGCUGCGCGAAGUGCCGAUGUGGCCAUUGCUCAGUUCAGGUAUCUUCGAAAGCUUCUUCUGGUUCACGGUGCUUGGAGUUAUCAGCGUGUCAGUAAGACGAUUCUGUUCUCGUUCUACAAGAACAUUACCUUGUAUAUGACACAGUUCUGGUACACAUUCCAAAACGUCUUUUCCGGUCAGGUUAUUUACGAAUCUUGGACGCUGUCCUUCUACAACGUCUUCUACACCGUCCUACCACCUCUUGUGCUCGGUAUCCUAGACCAGUUCAUCUCGGCGCGUCUCCUGGAUCGAUAUCCCCAGUUGUAUGGCAUGGGCCAGCAGAACUACUUUUUCAAGUUCAAGGUGUUCUCGCAGUGGAUCGGCAACGCCAUCUACCACUCGAUCGUGCUCUAUAUCUGGGGUGAGCUCUUCUGGUAUGGCGACCUCAUCCUCGAUGACGGAACGAUUGCUGGGCACUGGGUUUGGGGUACGGCCCUGUACGGGGCUGUCCUGCUCACCGUCCUCGGCAAGGCAGCUCUGGUGACGAGCAACUGGACAAAGUACCAUGUCAUUGCCAUCCCCGGUAGCAUGGCGUUCUGGUACCUCUUCAUCGCCGUGUACGGUAUCGUGGCGCCCAUGGCUGGUGUCUCGAAAGAGUACCACGGUGUUGUGCCCAAGCUCUUUGCCAACCCCGUCUUCUGGCUUCAGACAGUCAACCUCGCUGUCAUGUGUCUGCUGCGAGACUUUGUGUGGAAAUAUGCGAAGCGCAUGUACAAGCCGCAGACAUAUCAUCACAUCCAGGAGAUUCAAAAGUACAACAUUCAAGAUUAUCGACCAAGAAUGGAACAGUUCCAAAAAGCUAUUCGCAAGGUGCGACAAGUACAGCGCAUGCGCAAGCAGCGCGGAUACGCCUUUUCGCAGGCAGACGAGAGUCAAACGCGUGUGCUCCAGGCAUACGACACGACAAAGCAUCGUGGACGAUACGGAGAAAUGGCCAGCUCAAGGCCAUCCGGGAGGUAG